CUUCAUUACACACUCCUCUACAACUAUAGCCUUAUUUCAGCUCAAUAAUAUCAUAUACAUAUAUGAAUGUCGUACUAACGGAAAAUAUCUAUAUUCGCGAUUGCACUCAAAUUCACUCGUGCCGAAGCAAUUUCAACAUGAUUUUCUUCUCCCCGGACCCCGGGACUCUUCCGCCACUACAUUCACAUGCCUUUCUUUCUUUCUUUCUAUCCACCAUUUCUACAUCUAUAUAUACCAUACAUAUUACACAACUUAUCUUUAUAUACUUCAACAACGCAGUAGUUCUCCCCACACCCAAGAAAGGAGAGAAACAAACCAAACCAAGUAAGGAAUCAAAAAACACCAUGCUGAAGCAAAACCUCCUCAACCAAAUUUGCUCCCUGCCCAAGCCCUUCGUCCAUGGAACCAACAACAGCCAUGCUUACCACCAUUCCCUUCUCUCCAUGGCCAACAACAUACCCAAAACCACUCACAAUGCAAGAUCCCGUCGUCGACGACGACGUCGUUGUAUGGCUACGGCCAGUGACACGGCGCCGACGACGACGACCAACGAUGCUAGCGCCAUGGCCGAUUACCUCAUGCACGAGAAGCCCAUAAAAGUGAAGGCACUGGUGACCGUGAAGCAAACCAUGAGCGACAUGUUCACCGGCAUGGGGAUUGAGCGAGGAAUGGAUGACAUCAAAGACCUUCUCGGCAAAACCCUCCUCUUGGAGCUUGUUAGCUCCGAGUUGGACCCUAAUACGGAGCUGGAGAAGCCGACGGUGCAGGCGUACGCGCACAAGGGCGGGAAGGUGGAGCGGCGGGAGGUGAAGUACGAGGCGGAGUUCGAGGUGCCGGCGGAGUUCGGGGCGGUGGGAGCCAUCUUCGUGGAGAACGAGCACCACAAGGAGAUGUUCCUGAGGCACAUAGUUUUGGAAGGUUUCCCAAAUGGUCCCGUAAAUUUCACUUGCGACUCUUGGAUCCACUCCAAGUUCGCCGAUAAGCGCAAGAGGGUUUUCUUCAACAGCAAGUCCUACUUGCCCCAGAACACACCAGCUGGGCUCGUGGGCCUGCGGGACGAAGAACUGGUCCAUUUGCGUGGAAAUGGGCUCGGCGAGCGACAGCACGGCGAUCGGGUCUACGAUUACGAUGUCUACAACGACCUCGGCGAUCCUGACGCGAACUUUGCGCUCGCCCGGCCGACCCUCGGCGGCAAGGAGUUCCCCGCUCCAAGACGGUGCCGUACCGGCCGCCCCCGUUGUGAAGCCGAUCCGUCGACGGAGAAGAAGGCGCGGGAUUUCUACGUCCCGCGGGACGAGGAGUUCUCGGAGGUGAAGCUCGUGACGUUCUCGGCCAAGACGCUCUACUCGUUGUUCAACACGCUUAUCCCGUCGCUGGGGAACGUGUUCGCCGACGCCGAUCGUGGGUUCCAUCACUUCAAGACCAUCGAUUCGCUAUUCAGCGUUGGGUUCGAAGUGCCGGAGCUCUCUAAAGAAGGGUUCUGGAACGCCACCCUGCCUCGCCUCUUCGCCGGAACUGGCAACGUCAUGCGGUUCGAGCCCCCCGGCGCUUUGGAAAGGGAUAAGUUUUUCUGGAUGAAGGAUGAGGAGUUUGCGAGGCAGACGCUUGCUGGUCUCAACCCAUAUUGUUUGGAAUUGAUCACGGAGUGGCCAUUGAAGAGCAAGCUUGACCCCGAAACCUAUGGUGCACCGGAAUCAGCAAUCACCACUGAACUCAUUGAGUCAGAAAUUGGAGGGAUUAUGUCGGUUAAAGAGGCAAUUAAACAGAAGAAGCUGUUCACCCUGGAUUAUCACGACAUCCUGUUGCCAUUUGUGCACAGAGUCAGGGAACUCAAGGGCAGGACUUUAUACGGAUCGAGGACCAUCUUCUUUCUCACUCCCGAAGGCACAUUGAGGCCGCUGGCCAUCGAGCUCUGUCGCCCUCCCACGAACGAGAAGCCUGCGUGGAAACAAGUGUAUAGACCGUGCUGGAAUUCCACAGGUUGCUGGCUCUGGAAGCUAGCCAAGGCACAUGUUCUUGCUCACGAUUCUGGCAUUCACCAACUCGUUAGCCAUUGGCUAAGAACACAUUGUGCGACUGAACCAUACAUUAUAGCGACAAAUCGGCAGCUUAGUGUGAUGCAUCCCAUUCACAGAUUACUUCAUCCUCACUUCAGAUACACAAUGGAGAUCAACUCCCUCGCUCGAGAAUCACUCAUCAAUGCAGGCGGUAUCAUUGAAUCAUCAUUUUCACCUGGGAAAUACUCCUUAGAUAUCUGCUCAGCUGCAUACGAUCAGUUCUGGAGAUUCGACUACGAAGCGCUACCUAAAGACCUCAUACGCAGGGGAAUGGCAGUUGAAGAUGAAAACGCACCCCACGGCCUGAAACUCACGAUAGAGGACUACCCUUUCGCAAAUGAUGGCCUCAUUCUAUGGGACACAAUCAAGGAGUGGGUCACCGACUACGUCACUCACUACUACCCAGAGCCAGAGCUCGUCGAGGCCGACCCAGAGCUCCAAGCAUGGUGGACAGAGAUACGAACCAAGGGCCACGCAGACAAGAAGAACGAACCAUGGUGGCCACAGCUCAAGACCUCCAACGACCUCAUCGAAAUCCUCACCAUUAUAAUGUGGGUGACUUCAGGCCACCACGCCUCGGUGAACUUCGGACAGUAUGCAUUCGCAGGUUACUUCCCCAACAGGCCAACCAUAACCAGAAUCAAGAUGCCGGACGAGGACCCAACCGAAGAAGAAUGGAAAUUCUUCCUGAAAAGGCCGGAAGCCGUGCUUCUAGCUACCUUCCCUUCGAAGCUGCAGGCGACGAGAGUGAUGGCUGUGCUGAACGUGCUGUCGAAUCAUUCCCCCGACGAGGAGUACAUCGGAGACGAGAUAGAGUGGAGCUGGAGCGAUGAGCCGUUGAUAAAGGCGGCUUUUGAGAAGUUCAGUGGGAGGCUGAAGGUGUUGGAAGGUAUUAUUGAUGAGAGGAAUGCUAAUGAAGAGCUGAAGAAUAGGAGUGGAGCUGGGGUUUUGCCGUAUGAGCUUUUGAAGCCUCAUUCUAAGCCUGGAGUUACAGGACAGGGAGUUCCCAACAGCAUCUCCAUCUGAUUUAUUCUUCUUCUUCUUCUUCUUCUUCUUCUUCUUCUUCUUCUUCAUUAUCUUGUGUACCAAUUUAUUAGCACAUCAAGCAAUAUCGAAUAGUAUAGAACAUAAAUCAUUGGGUAUUGAAGAAUAACGUAUCUAAAAUACUCAAUGUAACACGAAACAACUCGAUUAAAGGUGUCGGAGACAACUUCUUGAUCUGAUGGUCGUAACAAUUGAGCUCGGGUAUUUGCAAAUACCACAUUUCAUUUGAUAUUUGGGUAUGGAAGGCAAACUUUUGAGACCCAAAUAUCAAAUCAAGUAAAUCCAUGAUAAAAGAUCAACUAAACAAACAAUGUUGUCUUUCAAGGUAAUGACUGGUAUACUUCAGGAGUAUAGUAUACUCUAGGGGAUCUGGCCGUUAGAUGUACUUUGAUAUGCUCCGAUCAAUCUCAACGGUCAAAUAUUGUUUUCUAUUAAAUUGAACUUCGGGAUUGAGUUUAGAGAAUCGGGGCUUGGGGUUUAUCCAUUGGAGGUUAGAGUAUAGUAUCAUAACCCACGCUCAGUUUAAUUCAUGGUCUAGAUAGAUAUAUCUUACUAGGAAUACCUAAAAUAUAGUAUACUACAGGAGUACACCAAUCUAACCCUAUCUUUCAAAUACAAAAUGCAACAAAUCCAUCAUAAAUCCACCCACAGAUAAUUUUACACAAUCCCAAGUAAAUUCGUUGAUUAUGGGUAGGGUAUGGGCAGUGGUGAGUUGGGAGUCAAAAGUACUUGUCUCCUCUUUUAAGAAUAUAAACUGAUAAAUAACUCAUAAUUUAAUAAAAAUAAUUACAACAAAUAAUAUCCGAAUAAUACAGAUAAUAAUGAAAUAAACAACUAAUACAAUUAUUGUUUUCAUAGACAAAACAACGCGUAUUCAUAUUAUGAAAAAAGCAGAGGUUGUUAUGAAAUGGGUCGGCUAAUACAUUCAUAGAUAAUAAAGAAAUAAACGACUAAUACAAUCGUUGCAACAUGGAAGAAAAACGAGGAAUUCUUUCCUUUGGUUGCUGACGUGUGGAAUAAGGAUCAAAAGUUUCUUCCAUCCCUGCAGGAUCUUACUGACAAGUUAAGAAGAUAGAUUAAAGAAGCCUUUGGCGACAUUUUUAAAAGAAAGAAGGAACUGAUAAACAAGCUGGAGUAUUGGAGUGGGGGAAUGAAAGGGAGCCGAACAACCAAUCAGUACUCCAAGCUAAACAAGGAAUUAGAGAGGAACAAGAAGAAACUCUGUGGCUAGAGGAACUCCUCUGGCUACAAAAGUUAAGAGUGAAUGGGAUCACACAGGGAGAUCAAAACGCAUGCUUCUUCCACACUAGUACUCUAAUCAGAAGGAAGAGAAAUAAGAUUAAGAGCCUCAAAAUGACAUUGAUCAAUGGAUAACAGAUCUAAAAACACUCCAAAGAAUGGCGCGAGAGUUCUUCAUCAAGCUCUUCUCUAAGGAAGACCAUAUGGACAUAAUUGAAGCGGCUGCAAAAUUCUUUGACAUUGAUGAAGUUGCACUUAGGAAUAUUGGAAUACCAAUCCUUAUGUUGUAAGUGCAAACCAUUGUCACUAGAAUGAAUGAGAUAACCGGGAAACGAUGAGCAUCAUGCCCUUUUCUGACAGAUUUAUUGGGAUUUGAUCUGGCCGGAUCUUCACAGAUUUGUGGCCUCCUACUUUGGGAAUCCAGGACACAUAAGAAAAAUUAGUGAUACCCUUCUCAUGUUGAUUCCCAAAGUAGAAGCACCUAACUCAAUGAGCCAAUUCUAGCCGAUAAGCCUUUAAAUUUGAUUAUAAAGUUAUUGCAACGUG